GCCCAUAAUUUUCAUUCAAUUGGAAGCCCUCCGGAUUAACAUUAAUUAAUGAUAAAGCAAAUCAAAGAGAGGUCCGUUGAACAAAAGUUGCUGCUUCUGCUGCUCUCAUCGAUUCAAAUUUCAAUUCAAUCCUAAAAGCAUCACGUCCGGAGUAUACGACACGCGCCGCCGCACAAAAUCACUUCCAUUGAUUGAGGGGCCCAAAAAUAGCACCAAGUGGACCCCACUCCCCCGGGUCUUCCUCCACACACGCGCUUCCUUCAGCUUCUCUGACUCUUGAGUAUUAGUGGCUCGCUCCUCCCAAGAGUCGGUUGCUAUUCUCUUCUCCUCUCUCUCUCUCUCUCUGCGUGUAGCAAAGGGGUUUCAGCAUUCAAGAGUCUCUAGUAUAAAUUCUUGCUGAGUGAUUGCUAAUGGCGCCGAAUCCUAGAGUUGCAGCAGCCUUUCGGGCAAUGGGGGAUAUUGGAAUUAGUCAAGAUAAAGUGAAACCGGUGUUAAAAAAUCUUCUAAAAUUGUAUGACAAAUGCUGGGAACUUAUUGAAGAAGAGAAUUAUAGAGCUCUUGCAGAUGCUAUAUUUGAGGAGGAGGAGACUAAGGUUAUGGAACAGAAGAAGAAGUGUAGGAAUACUGACGAAGACGAUUUGGAGGAAGAAGCUCUGACGCAUGAUGAGCCUGAACGUCCGCUAAAGAGGUUGCGCUUGAGAGGUCAAGGAGGUCAGGUUUCACCGUUGGUCACUGCCUGCAACCAAAGUUUGGGUGGAAGUUCGGUAAAAAGGCCUAAAGUGGAGGAGGAUGAACUGCCCAAAACUUCUUUCCGACAGCAGCCUCGAGAAAUAAAGGAGACACCCCAGCGUAAUAUUGUUAACAAAGGCAAGCAGCCUCUCUUACCUCAAAUUGAGCCCCUGGGAAAACGAUCAAUGUCUGAGAGAGCAGCAAGUAUUCGCAUUAAAGAGCCAAUGGCUGAGCCAGGCAUUGCGAGUUUGCCCAAGCAGAAGGUUCCGGAUACUCAUGUAUUGAUCAAGCCAAAGGAUGAGCCAUUUACAGAUGAUAUGUUUAGCAGUGAUGUGCCAGACUAUGAGGUUCCUAUUGCAGUGAUCCGUCCAGAUCCAUCAAGUAAGGUAGAUUCUUCAGUUGGGAAUGAUACAGUUGAAAAACAAGAUGGUCCAGAGAUUCCAGCAUCCCAAUGUCUGGGUGUAGGAAACAGAGGUGAUGAUGCUCUAGCUUUAACGAGUGAGAGGGAAACCAACUGCACACUUGCAACCAUCCCAGAGGAAUCUCCUCCCAAUGUAGAGAUUGCCUCCUCACCCUUAGGAGAGGUAAAGAUUUCUCUGAGCUGCAACUCCACCCUUGGAAGACCAGAUUUCCAUAUGCCUAAUCGUACUGAGGUUAUGAAACUGAUGGAGGACAAAUGUUUACGCACAUAUAAAAUCAUUGACCCAAAAUUUUCUGUCAUGAAACUGUUGAACGAUAUGUGUGAGUGCGUCUUGGAACUGGGAACUUAUAGCCCUAAUGAAUCGCAGGAAGGCCCUGAUGUAUUGGAGAGAUCUUCUGCACAGGGUCCUUUGGGAAUUGGAGAUGAUGAAGAAACUUUGUGCAUGCCAUCCUGUACUACAAAUGGAUCAGUCCAUGUUCAAUGCUCUUCUGCAGUGGAUGUGCCUCUUUCAAGACCUAUGUCAUUAAGUUCUAGCGAUUUGAUGUCCAUCCACGAUGUUAAUGACAUAACAAGAGGAGAAGAAAGGGAUAGAAUUUCAUGGGUCAAUGAAAUUAAUGGGGAACGUCUACCACCCUUAAAGUACAUACGCCAAAACCUUGUUUUCCAAAAUGCUUCUGUCAACUUUGCCCUCUCUCGGAUUGGGGAUGAGGAUUGUUGUUCCAGUUGUUUGGGUGAUUGCCUAUUCUUAUCUACACCUUGUGAUUGUGCAAAUGAAACCGGAGGCCAGUUUGCAUAUGCAAAAGAAGGUUUUCUUAGGGAAGAAUUCUUGGAAGAGUGUAUCUCUAUGACUCACGACCCACAAAGACACCAGAGCUUGUAUUGUAGAGAAUGCCCGCUCGAAAGAGUGAGGAAUGAUGUCUGUUUAGAACCAUGCAAAGGCCACUUAAGGAGAAAGUUUAUCAAAGAAUGCUGGAGCAAGUGUGGCUGCAGUAAAAGCUGUGGCAAUAGAGUGGUGCAGCGAGGCAUAACUUGCAAGUUGCAGGUGUUUUGCACUUCUGAAGGAAAAGGGUGGGGUCUCCGAACCCUAGAGGACCUGCCGAAAGGUGCAUUUGUGUGUGAGUAUGCUGGAGAAAUUUUGACCAACACUGAGUUGUAUGAUAGAAACUUGGAAAACAGCAAAAGUGGCAAACCUACGUACUCAGUUCUACUGGAUGCAGACUGGGGUUCAGGAGAUCUAAAGAAUGAAGAAGCUCUCUGUUUGGAUGCAACAUUUUUUGGCAAUGUUGCUAGGUUUAUUAACCAUAGGUGUUUGGACGCAAACUUGGUUGAGAUCCCAGUUAAAGUGGAGAGCCCUGAUCGUAUCUACUACCAUCUUGCCUUCUUCACAACAAGAGUAGUAGCUGCCUUGGAGGAACUCACUUGGGAUUAUGGCAUCAACUUUGACGACCAUGAUCAGCCCGUGAAGGCAUUCUGCUGUCGAUGUGGUAGUAAGUUCUGCAGAAACAUGAAGCGCUCAACUAGGUCUAGAUCUGCAUCAAUUGUGAGAUAAAACAUGGAUGGGGUUCGUCUAUCAGCUGGUCUUCCACUCAAUUAAGCUGCUGAAUUUACUGAAAACUAUAUAUGGUCCAACUAUAUAUACUGCCUAGUGUAAAGCUGGGGAUAGCUUUUGGAGUCACUGGUGUGCCUUUUUGAAAUGAGAAAUGCUUUUGUACAGGGGUUUGUAAAUAGACCAAAGGUGGUUCAAACUACUUCAAAAUCAUCGCUCCUCUUUGCAAAGAUCUUGCUCUGCUAUUGUACUGCUGAAACCAUGGAGAGUUUGAAAAGGGUGUAGUUGUUUUCUGGAUUUUCUUCCAUAUGAACUUUGAAGUUUACGAUGCAAGUAAUUGGAAAGUAGAAAUUGCCGGCCGUGCCCGUUUUGCUAAGGUUAUAUUAUGGAAAAACGAUAUCUGUAUUCUUCAAUAGUUUGCUACAUGCAGAGUUUCAUAUAAAGGUUAUAGGACAAGAAAGUGAGUUUGGUACUA